AUGGAAAAAGGUAUAUGGAAAUCCAAUGUUGAGUUAGUACCAACAUGUCCACGUUGUGGUUCAACAAACACAAAAUUUUGUUACUACAACAACUAUAGUUUGACACAACCUAGGUAUUUUUGCAAAGGUUGUAGAAGGUAUUGGACUAAAGGUGGUUCUUUAAGGAAUGUUCCAAUUGGUGGUGGAUGCAGAAAAAGUAGAAGAGGUAAGUCUUCUUCUAGUACAAUUCAGCAACAUGGUCUUAUUUCAAGAAAUUUGGGACAUGGGGUUUGUUUAAAUCAUUCUAAUAUUGACCAUCAUAAUAAAUCCAAUAGUAAUUCAUUGGAUCAUCAUGGGCCAACUAUUGAUCUUGCUUUAGUCUAUUCAAAUUUCUUGAAUAGUGAUAAUUUCACGCCAUCACAAUUGAAGAACCAUCAGAAUCUUGAAUUGUCUGAUAAUUUAUUAUUGUCUAAUCAAGAAGGAGUACUUGUCGCUCCAUCAUUUGAGUUUUCAACCAUGAUAGACAUGGAGUUCAUGACUAGCAAUUUAGGCCAAGAAUUGCAAUUAAUUGGCGAUGGUGAUUGUGAUGGUGUUUAUUUAAGUGGGAUUCAUGAUGAGAAGCAAAAUAUAAUGAAUCAUAGUGAUAUUCAUGAUGGUCAUUAUACAAAUAUGAAUAAUGUGAAUAUUAUCAACCAUGAUCAAUUAGGCAACACUUAUAUGGAGCUACAUCCAUUGCCUAGUGAAGAGAUGAUAUGGUCUAAUUCACAUGACCAUCAUGAUCAUAUGGUAUUUCCUAAUGAUAUUCUAAAUACAAGUCAUAAUUCAUCAACCGGAGGACUAGAGCUAGAAUCAGCGCCAAAACCAGAACCAGAGCCAAAGCCAGAAUUAGCAGUACAAGAUCCAUGUCAUGAUCAUAGCGCGAAUAAUGAAAAUGAUGGGAGCCUUUUCAACUUGUCCAAUUUUGGAUAUAUUUUCAUGAGGCCUUGA